AUGGCAAACGAGAGUGUGGAGGGCAAAGACCUCUAUCCCUUAGCUCUACUGAUGGAUGAGUUGAAACAUGACGACAUUUCAAAUAGAGUCGAAGCGAUGAAAAAAUUGGACACAAUUGCAACAGCGUUAGGACCUCAAAGGAGCAGAGAUGAAUUGAUUCCAUUCCUUAUGGAAGUUGCACAAGAUGAUGAAGACGAAGUCUUUGCUGUAUUAGCUGAGGAGCUAGGUAAAUUUGUGCCCUUUAUCGGAGGUCCAGAAUAUGCGACUUUAUUACUGCCAAUCUUGGAGAUCCUAGCUUCUACGGAAGAGACAUUGGUCAGGGACAAAGCGGUAGAAUCAUUGAAUGAGAUAGCCGGUGAACUGUCGCAAGAUCAACUUUUCCAUGAUUUUAUACCAUUGAUUGAACAUUUGGCCACGGCCGAUUGGUUCUCCUCUAAGGUCUCCUCCUGUGGUCUGUUUAAAUCAGUCAUUGUGAGAGUAAAGGAUAACACCUUCAGGAAAGAUUUAUUAGCACUAUAUUUACAAUUGGUUCAGGAUGACACUCCUAUGGUGAGAAGAACGGCAGCAAGGAACUUACCCACGUUAAUUGAUUUACUGACUCAAAAUCCAGAUCUCUCCACAAAUGAAGACUGGGAUUACAUCUCAAAUAUGUUUCAAAAGAUAAUUAAUGAUAACCAAGAUUCUGUGAAAUUCUUGACGGUUAAUUGCUUAAUUUCGAUACUCAAGUUUUUCAACACAAAGGGUGAUUAUUCGCAUAGGAAAGAUCUUUUGGAUUCAGCGACGAAGCUUAUAGCUGACGAAGCUUGGAGAGUGCGGUAUAUGGCUGCAGACAAAUUUGAGGAAUUGGCGGCCCAGUUUGCAGGAGAUGGAGGCUACAUCGCAGAAUUGAUCCAACCGUUCUUGAACCUGUGUGAGGACAACGAGAGUGAUGUUAGAAAAGCCAUUGCGAAGCAGAUAUCAGGCUUCGCCAAACUGCUCAACGAUCCCUCGAUUGUUUUGACGAAGAUUUUACCUGCAGUCCAAAGUUUAAGCAUGGAUGAAAGUGAGGCUGUCAGAGCUUCACUAGCUUUAACCAUCACGAACUUAGUGACACUUACGUCAAAGGAUGAGGCCAUCGAUCAUCUUCUCCCCAUUCUGCUGAACAUGCUGAAGGACGAGUUUCCAGACGUUCGUCUGAACAUUAUCGCUAAUUUAAAGGUUGUUAAUGACGUUAUAGGGGUUGACCUCCUAUCAGAAUCACUUCUUCCUGCGAUUACCGAGCUUGCUAAAGAUGUUAAUUGGAGAGUUAGAAUGGCCAUCAUUGAAUACAUUCCUAUCCUAGCCGAACAGCUAGGCGUGCAGUUUUUUGACCAACAAUUGAGCGAUCUCUGUCUCUCUUGGUUAUGGGACACUGUAUUUUCUAUCAGAGAGGCUGCAGUGAAUAACUUAAAGAAACUUACCGAGAUCUUUGGAUCUGAUUGGUGCCGUGAUGGGGUUAUUGCCAAAUUGCUAAAGUUUGACUCGCAGCUUUUGGAAAACUUUGUUUACAGAUUUACUCUACUUUCUGCCCUGACAGAACUUGUCCCUGUUGUUGAAUUAGACGUCGUUGCCAAUCAAAUACUACCCUUUGUGUCUCAUCUAGCCGACGACGCAGUACCAAAUAUAAGAUUCAAUGUGGCCAAGUCCUACGCAAUCAUCGUCGAAAAUCUAAUCAAAGAUAGAGCACGCUACAAUGAUACAAUUGAGGGGACUAUAUUGUCAUCCUUGAAGAAGUUGCUUCAAGAUGAUGAUUUUGAUGUAAAGUACUUCGCCAAGCAAAGUCUGGAACAGUGCAACAAAUUACUGAAAUAA